AAUAUUAAAUCUUCACUGUUUCAGAUGUAAUAUGGCUUCUGUUUCAAUACUGUUCAUAAUUUUAUGUUUAUUGAACUUUAACUUCCUUUGUGCACAGGACAAAGCUGAUAUUGAAGUCCUUGAUGCCGGCGAAAGUACCACAGAUGAUUAUUCUGACGAAGUUGCUAAUUCGCCUGAAAACAAAGAAGAAAAGGAUGAAGUAUCCCUGAGUUUAGCGGAACAUUUGAGAAAAGAUCCUCAAAUCCUUCAAUUCUUUAAACCUAGUGCUCUAAAGAAUGUCGUCAACAACCCUGAAUCCUUGAGUAUCCUGCCCAGAAAAGUUCUAGAUGAAAUAAUCAAUGACCCGAUAUUCUCCGUGACACUUCCUGUCAGCUCUCUUAAAAAAAUCACGAAGCUUCUCAGUGUUAUGAGUGAUUCCAACGAGUUAGAUGAAGAGGAUUAUGAUUAUGAUGUAGAUCUAGGAGAUAGCUCAGAUACAAUUACUUCAUUUAUUGGAGAUUUAAGUCCGGAGUUCCUGAAAGGGAUUGAUCCCGAUAUUAUUGUUGAGUACUUUGAGAAUGCUUCUCCAACUGAUCUUAAGGCCAUCCUUAACAACAGCAGUAUAAUUGCCAGCUUACCGGCCGAAACUAUUGGUUCUCUUCUGGGGAAACUGAAUCAGGAUUUGCUGCUCCAGCUGCUGCAGAGCUCUGCAGUUAGUGAUCUUUAUAAUUCCACGGCUGUAAACCUAACUCAGAUUGAACGGGAAAGAUUACGUGUGUGGCAAAUAGAUGUUGCUUCCCAUAUAGUGAAUCAAGUUGAUGCAUCAGUUCUAACAGCACUCCCUGAGUUUAUAGUUCGGAGUCAGUUGUCCAAUAUGAAGGCUUUAAGUGCAUUGCUUAACAAUCCUUCAAAACUGGAAGCUCUGGUGGAAAGAUAUGGAACCUUGCUUGAUGAGAUCUCUCCUGAAACUGUUGUUGGUUUGGCUAGACAAGAUAAAACAUUGCUUGGUAAAAUUCCAACCAAAGUUUUUAUAAAACUUGCAACAUGUGACGUAGUCAGAGGUUUAAGUGCUGAGUUCAGUGCAUCCCAAUUGGUUUCCAACAUGACGGACAAAUUUGUGGAGCUCCUUCUAAACAAACCAGAGAUCAUUGAUUGUGUUUCAGAAGUAAACCUCCCUGAUUUUGUGAGAAGAGGAUUUCAAGAUGCUGUUCAAUUGGAUUUGAAGGAUCCUCAAAAGAAGAAGGAUGAGACCCUGAAUAAGUUAACCCAGUCUCUUCUCUCUGUACCUGAAGAGAUCUUGAUCAAGCUGGCAGGGAAUAUGGAAAUCCAGGAAGUGUUACCAGACAUGGUCAUAGUCCAGAUGAUAAACCAGAAACCGAAACUAGUGUCAAUGCUGCCAAAGAAUGUGAUACUAAAAAUUGCGAAAUCCAAACCAUGGCUAACAGGAAUGUUUUCGAUGACGGCUGUUCUUAUGUUCGCUCAGAGGCAGGACGUGUUCAUGGNCCGCUUGUACACUGCGCAUAUUAUUCUGUAUAUGCACUGUUCACUGUAA